AUGUCCUCCCCUAAGGCCAAAGCACAAGAUGUUCUUCAGAGGUGGAUGCGGAGAAGCUAUGCUAAUAUGAUGGGUUGCUUUGUCAAGGCUGGUGAUGAUGUUGUUAACAAGUGCAGUGAUGUGAUUGCCUCAUGCCCGCUGCUUCUUAAAUAUUCAAACUCUUCUAAUGAUGCAUGCAUUAUCCCUUGGUGGAGAGAAAAGGAGAUAAUUUCUGAAGAGAGGAGAUCACAGGGUCUAUGUCCUUUGACACCGGAGGAGGCAGCCUUAGUUCUGCGAGCCUUAGGUUUUGGUAGGAAGACACAUAUUUAUAUUGCAGCUGGUGAGAUUUAUGGGGGUGAACGUAGACUUGUACAACUCAGAGCUGCGUUUCCACUAAUUGUGAAGAAGGAAACCUUGCUGGCCCGUGAUGAUCUACAGCAUUUCCAGAAUCACUCGUCGCAGAUGGCAGCCUUGGAUUUUAUGGUAUCAGUAGCCAGUAACACCUUUAUUCCUACCUAUGAUGGGAACAUGGCAAAGCUCGUGGAAGGUUAUCGUAGGUAUUCAGGUUUUAAGAAAACCAUCUUACUGGAUAGAAAAAAGGUAGUAGAAUUGGUUGACAUGCAUCAGAAUGGAAGCCUUCAUUGGAAAGAGUUUGCAGAUGCAGUGAGAGAGGUUCAUGAAAAGAGAAUUGUAAAGCCAACUCGGCGUAGGGUUAUAUUAGACAAGCCAAAGGAAGAAGAUUAUUUCUAUGCAAACCCUUACGAGUGCCUUUGUGAGGAAACUAAUUGUGAUGACUUACUAGGUCAACUACCAUAG